CACACUCGACCGGGCAACAAGUGUGUGUGUGUGCGGCCUAAGGAUCCCCAGUCCCGACUUCAUCCCAGUUCCCAGUUAAAAGGAACCAACUACAAAGAUGGGCAUUGCCUUGAUGUUCCUGCUGGCCCUCUACCAGAUGCAGUCGGCCAUCCAGAGCGAGAUCAUCGAGACGCCCAGCUUGGGGGGCAACUCGCUGCAGGAGUCGGACCCCGAGGUGGGUCCUCCGCAGGACAGCGACCUGGUGGACGCGCUGCUCGGCAACGAUCAGAGCGAGCGGGCGGAGCUGGAGUUUCGGCAUCCCAUCUCGGUGAUUGGCAUCGACUACGCCAAGAACGCGGUGGUGCUGCACUUCCAGAAACACGGCAGGAAGCCGCGCUACAAGUACGAUCCCGAACUGGAGGCCAAGCGGAGGUCCGUGCAGGACAACUUCAUGCACUUCGGCAAGCGGCAGGCGGAGCAACUGCCUCCGGAGGGCACUUAUGGGGGGUCCGAGGAGGUGGAGGGCGUGGCCAAGCGGGCCAGCUUGGAUCGCUUUGGCAGGGAUCCCAAGCAGGACUUUAUGAGGUUCGGUCGAGAUCCCAAGCAGGACUUCAUGAGGUUUGGCCGGGAUCCCAAGCAGGACUUCAUGAGGUUUGGCCGGGAUCCCAAGCAGGAUUUCAUGAGAUUCGGUAGGGAUCCUAAGCAGGACUUUAUGAGAUUCGGUAGGGAUCCUAAGCAGGACUUUAUGAGAUUUGGUCGGGAUCCCAAGCAGGACUUCAUGCGAUUCGGUCGCUCUCCUGCAGAGGACUUCAUGAGGUUCGGGCGCUCUCCGGCGGAGGACUUUAUGAGGUUCGGCCGCUCCGACAACUUCAUGCGUUUCGGACGCAGUCCCCACGAGGAGCUCCGCAGUCCCAAGCAGGAUUUCAUGCGUUUUGGUCGCCCGGACAACUUCAUGCGCUUUGGUCGCUCUGCUCCCCAGGAUUUCGUGCGUUCCGGUAAGAUGGACUCGAACUUCAUUCGCUUCGGCAAGCGCGUUAAGCCCGUGGCUCCCGAGUCCAACCAAACCAAGUCCAAUCCGGGCAAGCCGGGCGAGAGGAGUCCCGUGGACAAGGCCAUGACGGAGCUGUUCAAGAAACAGGAGCUGCAAGAUCAGCAGGUGAAGAGCGCGGAGCAGGCAACCUCGGCGGAUGAGGGCAGCGCGGAGCAGGAACAGUUCUUUGGCCAGUAAGAGAGUCCUCGAGGGACGCCUCCUUGUAAAUAGAUAUCGACAAAUGUACCCACGAUCGUAAUUGAUAUACGUAUUUCUCCCAACUCCACACGAACUCCUGAUGAAUACCUUAACUAUGAAUUUUUAAUAAAUGGGCUGGAUUAAAAAUUCACCGUGCUUUAAAAAUCUUACCUACUUACGUACUUAGUGUAAUAUUGAAUGCAUUGGAAAGGUGUGAAAAAGUCUUUUGCCAGAAUUCCAAAUAAAGAUUGCUUU